UCUUAUUGGCUAUCAUGUUGGACGGUUUGAAUGGUUCGGUCUGCGCUGCUGUGGGUCCCGCUAUUUCGUACUUUGUGAUUAAUACCGUACGUCCCUAGCCACCGCGCCUCGUCGUACUUCGCCACUUCAAUCCUCAAUCGUCAUCAUUCAUCUCUCACCUAAUCUUUCUUUACGUACCUGAUUUCCACGCAUUCUGCACCAGUUUUAAAUGGAAAAGGAUUAGAAGUCUCCGGAUUCCUGGUUCUCUCUUGUCAAUGGCUGCCAAGUUGGGUUCGUUUAGGUACUCUCUGCUAGAGAAAAGGGAGAGAACAAAGGGGUAUUCAGUGUUGGGAUUCUCCUACGAAGAAGGAGAAGAAGAGCAAGGGCAAGGAUGGAGAUGCUUUUCUUACCGAUUUAUAAGCGACAAAAUAACUGGGUUCUGGAAAGAUGUUCAAGAUGUUGCAGGCAAGGCAUGGCAGAUGGGGAAAUCGGACCCCAGAAAGAUUAUUUUCUCAGCCAAGAUGGGUCUUGCCUUAAUGCUUAUUUCGUUGCUUAUUUUCUUAAAAGAACCCUUCAAGGAGCUUAGCCAGUACUCUGUUUGGGCUAUUCUCACUGUUGUCGUCGUCUUUGAAUUCAGUAUAGGAGCAACUCUUAGCAAAGGAUUUAACCGUGGGCUGGGGACAUUAUGGGCAGGAGGGCUCGCUCUGGGUAUGGCAGAAUUGUCAGAGUUGGCUGGAAAAUGGGAAGAAGUUGUUAUAGUUAUUAGCAUCUUUAUCAUAGGAUUCUUUGCAACUUAUGCAAAACUAUACCCAACCAUGAAGCCUUACGAGUAUGGAUUUCGAGUGUUCUUGUUGACAUAUUGUUUCAUAACAGUUUCUGGGUAUAGGACAGGGGAUUUCUUGCAUACAGCUGUGACGCGAUUUUUGCUAAUAGCACUUGGUGCCAGUGUUUGCUUGGUUGUUAAUAUAUGCAUUUACCCCAUCUGGGCUGGUGAGGAUCUACACAAUGUGGUGGCAAAAAACUUUAUGAGUGUGGCAACUUCUUUAGAAGGAUGUGUUAGAGGAUACCUUAACUGUGUUGAAUAUGAAAGAGUCCCUUCCAAAAUUCUAACUUAUCAAGCAUCAGAUGACCCCGUUUACAAUGGCUACAGAUCAGCUGUAGAAUCUUCCAGUCAGGAGGAAGCUCUGAUGGGGUUUGCCAUCUGGGAGCCACCUCAUGGUCGUUAUAGGUCACUUGGUUAUCCAUGGAAGAAUUAUGCCAAAGUAAGUGGAGCACUGAGGCAUUGUGCAUUCAUGGUCAUGGCAUUGCAUGGCUGUAUACUUUCAGAAAUACAGGCUCCACCUGAACGGAGACAAGUCUUUCGUCUUGAACUUCGGAGGGUAGGUGCUGAAGGUGCUAGAGUGUUGCGUGAGCUAGGGAACAAAGUUAAAAUGAUGGAGAAAUUAGGUCCUAUUGACAUACUAUAUGAAGUACAUGACGCUGCAGAAGAGUUGCAAAACAAAGUUGACCGAAAAUCAUACCUUUUUGUCAAUGCUGAGAGUUGGGAAAUUGGAAAUCGACCACAAAGUCCCUCAGAGCCUCAAGAUUUACUGAACUUGGAUAGUGAAGAACACAAAGUCCUGGGUUGUAAGUCCCUCAGUGAUGCAGUACUUGAUCUCAGAUCAGUCACUAUACCAAAUAGUUGGGAUGGCCAGAAGACCCAUGUGGGUGCCAACCCCACUGUGCCUCCUGGUGCAUCAUCUGAAGACUUAUUUAAGAAACAGAUAUCAAUGCCUGCACGCACUUCAUUCAUUGCUGAUACAGUGCCAUUGGAAGAGUCAAAAACAUAUGAGAAUGCAAGUGCAUUAUCAUUGGCAACAUUUACCUCACUUUUGAUUGAAUUUGUUGCAAGGCUGCAAAAUGUCGUUGACGCAUUUGAAGAGUUGAGUGAGAAAGCAAACUUUAAGGACCCUGAUGAGCUACCAGCAGCUGCAAGAGAGCCCAUUGGCCUUUGUUCCAGAUUGUUUAGAUGUCUGAAGUUUUAGAAUUGGCAUAUAACACCUUAGUUAAAGAUUAGAAAAGAUAGAUUCGGAAUUCCUCAGUGCCUAAAUCAGGGAUUACAACUUAACAUGUGGGCCUCAACAGUUCAGGAUUUUAUUAGUCUAAGUUCUGAAAGUUGUGGACAAUGAUUUCUGGUACCAGGUCAUGCUGAAGAAGUGUCUCCUUCAGAUGAUGUUUUAUAGGUCGAUGACAAUGGAUCUGACGGAAGGGGAAGGCAAAAUUGCUGUCAUAGCAGAACUGAAACCAAACCAACAACAUACUUGGCUGUUGGGUAAAUAUUUGACCUCUAGUGUAUAUAUAUAUGUUAACUGCUUUAGUCUCAACUUAAUUCCCCUAUUAAAUCAUGGGAGAUGGUUUUUGUUUUACUAUUUGAAUAACUCAAACAUGAAACUGCCAUCCUUUCCAGGUCAUGGCUUUAAUUAUGAUUUGAUUUCCAUUGUCAUUCA